GGGUUUUGUUGGGAUCAGUACGGAGGAUUUCAAGAAAUCGUGGGGCGCCCCGGAUGGAGCCCACGGAGUCGACGGUCGGGACGGAAAUCAACACAAAGCAACCCAAUAGUAAUGAAGAAUUGACAACUGGCGAAACCCCGGUAACAAACGGGCAAAAGGCAGCAGUGUCUGCGGAAAGUGGUUUGAAAGUCGAUGAAGGAUUAGACACCAAAUUCGGACAAUUGGAGGUGGACGACGAAGAGGGUGUUGUGGCCCCGCAGGAGGAUGUGGUGGCCCAAUCGGAGGCGUCCGACGGGACCCCGCAGUCCGAGACGUCCAGUGCGUCCCAGUCCGAAGCGUUCGAUGCCUCUCAGUCCGAGGCGUCCGUUGCCCCCCAGUCCGAGGAACUCGCCGCCGAGCCCUGUCCCGAAGACGAGGCGGCCACCAAGCCUCGGACGUCUCCGGCCCACCAGCCCGAGCCGCCGGACUUCUACUGCGUGAAGUGGAUCAGCUGGAAAGGCGAGCGGACCCCCGUCAUCACGCAGAGCGAGAACGGCCCCUGCCCGCUCCUGGCCAUCGUGAAUAUCCUCUUCUUGCAGUGGAAGGUCAAGCUUCCUCCUCAGAAAGAAGUGAUUACCUCCGAUGAACUGAUGGCUCACCUGGGCGACUGCAUCUUGUCCAUCAACCCGCAGCAACAGUCGGAGGCCUUGCAGCUCAACUUCCAACAGAACGUCAACGACGCCAUGAUGGUGCUCCCCAAACUCUCCACCGGGUUGGAUGUGAACGUGAGGUUUACGGGGGUCUCCGAUUUCGAAUACACCCCCGAGUGCAUCGUCUUCGACCUCCUAAACAUCCCUCUCUAUCACGGAUGGCUUGUGGACCCCCAGAUACCUGAAGCAGCUCAAGCGGUGGGCAAACUGAGUUACAACCAAUUGGUGGAGAAGAUCAUCACCUGCAAACACUCCAGCGACCCCAAUUUGGUGACCGAAGGUCUGAUUGCGGAGCAGUUUCUGGAGUCCACGGCCUCCCAGCUCACGUACCACGGCCUCUGCGAGCUCACGUCCACCGUCAAGGAAGGCGAGCUGAGCGUCUUUUUCCGGAACAACCACUUCAGCACCAUGAUCAAGCACCAGAGCCACCUGUACCUGCUGGUGACGGACCAGGGCUUCCUCCACGAGGAGCAGGUGGCCUGGGAGAGCCUGCACAACGUGGACGGCGACAGCUGCUUCUGCGACACCGACUUCCACCUGAGCCACGCUCUGGGCAAAGAGGCGGCCGGCGGGCCUCCCCCGGAGCAGCAGCACCUCCACCAGCGGCAGGUGGACCAGGACUACAUGAUCGCCUUGUCACUCCAACAGCAGCAAGGGGGCACUCCGCUGAGUGACCUGGAGUUGGCCCAGCAGUUGCAGCAAGAGGAAUACCAGCAGCAGCAGCCGGCCCCGGCCCCCGGGUCCCCCGCCCAGGCGAGGAGCCCACCACCGACCCGACCGGCCGGAGAGCGCAGGCAGCGCCAGAAGCAGGAUUCGGACUGCGUUCUCCUAUAACGCCGACCCUUCGAGGCGGCAUUUGGGGUUCCCGACCUCCCGAAUUGAUUGGGGAGAAGAAGACUUGGGGUCGCGCUCCACGCAAGGGCUGAAACCAAAACUCCUCUAUUUAUCGGUGUUUCUAAUUGUCUCCUCCCUCUGAUUCCACUUAUUAUUAAUUAUUUGGGAAGAGAAGACGCGCGGAGGGAAAUAUAUCCCAUCUCUCGGUGCAAAACGGACUAAACAUAUCCCGUUCCCAGGACUCGAGGAGCUUGAGUCCAAAAAAAGAGUAACUAUUCCAAGCUCGACCUUUUUCCCCUUCCUUCCGACCACGGAGGCCUUCCCUAGAGAGGCGGGAUACGUAGUUUUGGGGUCUCUGCAAAGCUUUCUAGUCCUGUGUAUAUCUAUUGAAUUGAAGCCUUUUAGUGGCAGCCUAGUGAUGCUCCUCUUUUGGGGCUGAUCAUGGAAAAAACGAUUUAUAUUCAGAAGGAUGUGGGUUCGAAUCUCAGUGUCUCCGUCUCGGAAGAUUAGAGAGGAAGUGAUAGGAAGAUGUCGCUUGGAGAGCUACAACUAUGUUAUGUUUAAGGUGUAAGUUGUAUUGUACUUUAAGUAACUUGCCCAAAGUUACUUCGGACAAGUUACUUUCAUGAACUACCAAUUCUUGAAGGGGUAGUAGGCUCAGGGGGUUGCAAUCCACAGACCUCAUUGCCUUCCCAAAGAGUUAUUUGCCCAAAGUUACUUUUGACCAAGUUACUUUCAUGAACUACCAAUCCUUGAAGGGGUAGUAGGCUCGGGGUUGCAAUCCACAGACGUCAUUGCCUUCCCAAAGAGUUAUUUGCCCAAAGUUACUUUUACCAAAGUAACUUUGAGCAAGUUACUUUCCUGAACUACCAAUCCUUGAAGGGGUAGUAGGCUCAGGGGGUUGCAAUCCACAGACGUCAUUGCCUUCCCAAAGAGUUAUUUGCCCAAAGUUACUUUUACCAAAGUAACUUUGAGCAAGUUACUUUCCUGAACUACCAAUCUUUGAAGGGAUAGUAGGUUCAGGGGGUUGCAAUCCACAGACCUCAUUGCCUCCCCAAAGAGUAACUUGCCCAACGUUACUUUUACCAAAGUAACUUUGAGCAAGUUACUUUCAUGAACUACCAAUCCUUGAAGGGGUAGUAGGCUCAGGGGGUUGCAAUCCACAGACGUCAUUGCCUUCCCAAAGAGUUAUUUGCCCAAAGUUACUUUUACCAAAGUAACUUUGAGCAAGUUACUUUCAUGAACUACCAAUCCUUGAAGGGUUAGUAGGCUCAGGGGGUUGCAAUCCACAGACUUCAUUGCCUUCCCAAAGAGUUAUUUGCCCAAAGUUACUUUUACCAAAGUAACUUUGAGCAAGUUACUUUCAUAAAUGUAACUUGGGUAAGUUACUUUAACUUUGGGCAAAUUCUUAUGAAGGUAACUUGGAAUAAGUUACUUUCAUAAAGGUAACUGAGCAAGUUACUCUCAUGAAGGUAAUUCUGGGUAAUUACUUUCAUGAACCAUCCUUAAAACGUAGGGUUAUGGAGUUGCAGUCCACAAACUAUGGCCUUCCAGCUAAGUAACUUACCCAAAGUUACAUUUUUUGAAAGUAACUGACUGAGUUACUUUGAACUACUUUUUCUCAAGUAGUCCACAAACUGCAUUGCCUGCCUGAUAAGUAACUUAUCCAAAGUUAUUUUGCAAAAGGAACUGGAGGAGUAACUUUCAUAAAGGUAACUUUGGGCAAGUUACUUGCAUGAACUACCAAUCCUUGAAGAUGCCAUUGCCUCCCCAAAAAGUAACGUGCCCAAAGUUAUUUUCAUAAAAGUAAUUUGGGGCAAGUUACUUUAAUGAACAUCCUUGAAAAGUAGAGUCAAGGAUAUGCAGUCCACAAACUAUUGCCUCCCCAAUAAGUAACUUUGUAAAAGUUGCUUUGUAAAAAUAACUAUGGCUGAGUUACUUUGAUAGACUACUUUUCCUCAGGGAGUUGCAGUCCACAAACUAAAUUCCCUCCGAGGAGAGUAACUUUUCCAAAGUUACUUUCAUAAAAGUAACUUUGAGCAAGUUACUUUUAUGAACUACCAAUCCUUAGAGAGAUAGUAGUCUCAGAGGGAUGCAAUCCACAGACUUCAUUGCCUCCCCAAAAAGGGCAAGUUACUUUCAUAAGGGUAACUUUGAGCAAGUUACUUCCAUGCACCAUCCUUGAAAAGUAGAGUCAAGGAGUUGCAGUCCACAAACUAUAUAGCCUCCCCAAUAAGUAACUUACUCAAAGUUACUUUGUAAAAGUAACUGUCUGAGAUACUUUAACUGUUCAUUAAGGAGUUGCAGUCCACCAACUGUAUUCCUUCCCAGGAGAGUAACUUGCCCAAAGUUACUUUCAUAAAAGUAACUUUGAGCAAGUUAUUUUCAUGAACUACCAAUCCUUGAAGGUGGGUUGCAGUACACACCCCAUUGCCUCCCCAUAAAAGUAAUUUUGGGCAAAUUACUUUCAUGAACCAUCCUUGAAAAGUAGAGUCAAGGAGCUGCAGUCCACAAACUGCAUCGCCUCCCUAAUAAGUAACUUACCCAAAGUUACUUUGUAAAAGUAACUGGCUGAGUUACUUUAAUUAACUACUUUUCCUCAAGGGGUUGCGGUCCACAAACUGCAUUUCCUCCCAGGAGAGUAACUUGUAACUUUGUCCAAGAAUAACUUGUAACUAAAAGUAACUUUGGGUGAGUUAUUUUCAUGAACUACCAAUCCUCGGAAGGGUGAAGGCUUAGAGACUUGCAUUUCCAACAAAGUAAUUUUCCUACGUUCCGCUUUCACCUCCCAAAAUACUUUGUACAUGGGCGGAAGAGUUCUUUUUAGGUUGGAAAGGAAUUGAUUCCUAGUAACUUCCACUUAGAAGCGAGCCUUCCAUUGAUGGUCACCUGAAAUCAAUGCAACGUCCGAUACCAGGAUGAGAGAAUUAAAACAAAUAAGCUUUAAAUAUGUCUUUGAAAUCCACUAAGAGGAAUGAAGUUUGGACUGUGCUGCCAGGAUACUGCCAACGCGAUGUCUUGAAUGGAUUGAUUCUGUAUUUUGAAUUGACCGAUCCAUUAAAUCAAACAUACAUUUAUUUACACUCGAA